UUGUGACUAACCCAUUUGCAGAAUACUAUUCCAACAGGCAUAAUGCAGAAAGAACAAACAGGAUAUAGUUUAUCUCCCUGGAAUUUGUUUUAAUAUUAGAGCAAACAGAACAAUAACGUUACAUUAAAAUGCUCUUUUACCACAAGAGCCUCAGGUAUCAUAAACUGAAAACCUGAUGCUAGAGGAAUGAUAUCUGAUUUCUCUUCCUUAUCAUGUGAACAGAACGGCAUCAAUUAGGGCAGAUAAUAUUGGAUUUUUCUGUUCCUUUGAAGAGUGUUGCUUGAGCUACAUAAGCCUAGCAAAUGUACACGACAUCUGAUGGUAUGCAUAAAGUCACAGAAUUUUCGGAAACAUUCAGACAUUAUGUUUGUUCUUGUUUUCUCAAAAAGCAACUCGCAUUUCUUAGGUUCUUCCACUGAAUUUAUUUUCUCAUUCCUUUUGGAAGCUCACGUGGAUUGUUUCUCCUUCAAGGCACUACAGUUGAAAGAAAGAAGCCUUUGCUUGGUGGAGUAUCCAAGACUAGAAAGAGCUUGAUGUAGCCUGAAACUAUUGGAAGCAAACUAUGGAAGCUUUGGAAAAAGCACCCUUGGCAGAGAUGGCAAGUAAAGACCAAAGGGAGGGGGGCAGUCAUCUAUCAGCACAGAGAGAUUUGGUAAUGUCUGACUGUAAAAACACCGAGAUGCAUAACCAGGGACAUUUGGCUCUGCUGGAAAAAUCCCGGGAGUUCUUCCAGAUCUGUGACCGAGAAGAGAAAGGAUUUAUUAACCGAGCAGAUAUGCAGCACCUUCAGACUGAGCUGUCUCUCAGUUCCAAUGAACUGCAGGAUGUGUUCAAUGCCCUGGAUGCUGAUCAGAAUGGCUCUCUGACGCUGGAGGAAUUUACCACGGGAUUUAGUCAGUUCCUGUUUGGGGAAAAGAUCGUUGUAGACAAGUUAAAGAGAAGACAGGAUCAGCCUGAGAGCUUGUAUCUGGAUCAGUGUACCCAACAGUUGGUAACAGCUGAUGACGAUGAGGAGCACCAUUUCCAAACGAUGAUGGAGAACCUGGGAGCAAGGAAACUCUUUAAAGAUCAACAAGAAAUCCGAAACUUAUGGACACAGCUGAGAAAGGAUGAACCACAUUUACUUACUCAUUUUGAAGAAUUCCUGGAAAGAGUUUCUAUUCAGAUUCAAGAAGCCAACGAGGAAAGGGAAAUGAUGGAAUUUGCUCUGAAAAGAAAAGCAGCAGAAUACAGUGAAGAAAUAAAACAGCUUUAUAAUGAAAUGGAGCAACAAAUAAAAAGUGAAGAAAAUAAAAUAUUUCAGAAAAAUUCAGAUUCGAAGUCACGAUGCCAAGAACUGGAAUAUUUGCUGAGUGUUAAAGAAAAACAAUAUGAGGAACUUAUUCAAAAGCAGAACAGGCUGGACAGACGGUGUGUCGAGCUGUUGAGUGAGAAGCAGGAGUCAAAGCUGGAAAAUCAGAGGCUAAGACAGAUCAAUGAGGAGUUGGAGAAUCAUCUGCAGAAAUUGAACAGUGACCUUUUGGGAGCUCACUGUCAAAUGCAGGCGCUGGAGGAAGAAACUUAUCAACAGCAUGAAGAAAGAGAAAUGGAACUGUAUCGAGUGACUGAGGGUCUGGAAAGAGAGAAGUUAAGCCUUUGUAAACAGUUAGAUCUCCUCAGGGAAAUGAAUAAACAUCUUCAAGCUGAACGGGAUAUGUCCCUGAUGGGUAUCCAGAAACCCUCCAUUCGUCGCUCUUCCAGCUUCUGGAAUCAAAGGAUAUCUGCCAUCACUGAUCCCCAUGUGGAUAGCAGGCUGUUGUGCAACAGGAAAGGUGAUGACAAGGAGGAACUCAGUAAUUCCAUGCUACUGUCAAAGAAUUUGGGAGAUGGGAAUGCACACAGCCUCAUCCAGGAAGAAGCCGACAGGGAAUCCCAAACCAAAGCCACUCAGAGACUGUAUUUGCAGAGAAUUAUUUCUAUUGAAGAGGACCCAUUGCCCCAGUUCCUCGAAAUGCAUUCUACAAUGCACUUAAACAACUUGAAUGAGGUGGAAGAGGAGAUGGAGAAGGAGCAGGAGGAAGUGCUGGCGCUAGAAAAGAAUAGUCAGGAGAAUGGAAAAGUUUUUUCACUUCCAAGAACACAGCCUGCUGGUGAAGAAGCUUUGAUAUUGGUCAACGAACCACAGUCCAAUCCGGACCGUUUAUUUAAAAUCAUCUUUGUUGGGAAUUCCAGUGUGGGGAAAAGUUCUGUUUUAAGACGAUUUUGUGGCGAGGGUUUUAGCCCUGGGUUGUGUGCUACUGUCGGUAUAGACUACCAAGUGAAAACAGUAAAGGUAGAUAAUUGUCUGCUGGCUCUGCAGCUCUGGGACACAGCAGGACAGGAACGGUUUCGUAGUGUCACGAAGCAGUUCUUCCGUAAGGCCGAUGGAGUUGUUCUCAUGUACGAUAUCACAGCUGCGACCACCUUUAGUGCUAUACGGCAGUGGCUGGAGAGUGUGCAGGAGGGAGCGGGCCCUGAGGUUUUAAUUCUGCUCCUGGCCAACAAAACCGAUCUGGAAAGGAAACGCCAGGUUGCCAGUGAACAAGGUCGCCGAUUGGCUAAGGAAUAUAAUUUGAUUUUCUAUGAGUGCAGUGCCUUUUCAGGUGUCAAUGUAACUGAAUCAAUGAUGCAUUUGGCCAGCCCACGUUUUUCUCUCAUAUUGUGACAGACACUUAUUUGAUCUGUUUGUUCAGACUUCUGAAGGAACUCGAAGAUAAGGAAAAGGAGAAGAUUGUUGAGCUGUGUGAAGAUUGUCCCCAACAGAAAACUUGCUGUGCAAAAUAAUGAGGAGUGUUUGUCACAUCCUAUCACCAGAGGAGCCUUUAUGUUACCUUAGAGGAACGCACUUUGUGCUUUUUACAUCUCGCUGCAGGAUAUUGUGGAGAACAUCUGAAUGAGAAACACAAACUGAAUUUCAGUCAGCUGUGCCAGCUGGCAUUUUAAUCGUUAGAUCCUUCAGCUAAUGCAAUGCCAUUUAAGAAAUGUGAAGCUUAGCCAAGAUUGGGGAUUCUAAACUCCUCCCGCAACUACAAUGAGACUACUUAAACAGUAGCUGACGGCAAGUGAUAAACUGGAAGCAGCGGGAACUUUUAAAUUAAUCCGGUUAUUGUGCAAGUGAAGGAAGCCUUGGGACUUUGAACUUGUAUCAUCAGUUCUGAGGAGGGGUCACCGGAACCCGAAACGUUAACUCUGUUUUUUCCCUUCACAGAUGCUGCCAGACCUGCUGAGCUUUCCCAGCAACUUCUGUUUUUGUUGUGUUGUACUUUGCGUACUGUACCCCUUAAACAUCUGUCAUAGGUUCUGUUUGUCUUGGAGAAUCUUGGAGAUUAGGCUGAGGAAUCUUAGGGGACAAUUUGUUAAAUUCUAUACCUUCAGCUUCUGGAAAUGGAAAAGAAAGUCCCGGUGUUGUGAAUUUGGAAGAAAUCCAAUAGCAGAGAGGAUUUAACCAGCAAGCCUGGGGAAAGAUGGUAAUUUUCUUUUCAUUCUCUCUUGGGUCGUGGGUAUUAUCAGCAAGACCAGGAUGUCUCCAGGAGCUCCUGCUCCUGCUCCUAUGAUGCUGCUUGGCCUGCUGUGUUCAUCCAGCUCUACACCUUGUUAUCUCACAUGUAGGCCAGACCAGGUAAGGACAGCAGAUUUCCCUCCCUAAAGGCCGUUAGUGCCAGAUGGAUUUUCAGAAAAAUUGAUCAUCGUUUCACAAUGACCAUCACUGAGACUAGCUAUCACUUUCUGGAAUCAUUAAUUAAAUUUAAAUUCUACCAGUUGUCCCCUUGUGAUUUGAAUCUGUGCCUGAAUCUCUGGCUUACUAAAUCCAGUCACAAUACCACAAGGACAAAAUUCUCCGAAUAAUCCUUCAAAUGAUACAUUAGAAUUUUCAAAAAUAUUUCUGAAGUAAUUUUUGAGCUGACUUUAUCAAAAGGAGCUAUGAUUUUUGUGAGGUUGUGCAAGUUAAAUCAACACCAGGAAAUAUUUACACACGCAAAAGCAGAAUUUGCUAGUAAAGCUCAAAGCAGGUCCAGCAGCAUCAGUGUAUAAAAAUCAAGAGUUAAUUACCCUUCCUCUGUUCUUGUCUCUGAUUUACAGCAUCUGCAAUUCUUUGAGUUUUUGUCCAGAAAACAUUUAGCCUAAUUAAAAUUGUCAUUAGUGAACUAAAUUGAUGAUAUUACUUCUAGGAGACUACAAUACUUAGAAUGAGUAUUUUGGUUGAUGUUAUGUGAACUGUAGAAGGGAGGUCAACAUUAUCUCUAUAACCUGCUGAAAUUAAAAUGUUUACAGCCAUAA